CUUUCUCUAUCUUUCUGUCUUUCAACUGGCUGCGGCCAACAUGCAUUCUUUUUUAUUGUUUGCAUUUUCUUUUUUUCUCUUGUGAGUAUGCACGGCGUGAGUGCGAAUGAAUGAGAAGUGAAGGAGCCACAGAGUGUUGCAUUCAGAGCUUUCUUCUUUACAACAAAAACCACUCUUCAGUUUGGUUACAAUGACCCAAACCUUUUUUUUGUGCGAUUGCGAUUGUAACUUGUAAUAAAGAUGUGAUUCUUGUUACACUUGCAUCCCAUCCUUAUCCCAAGCCCAUCUUGACGGGAAGAAUAAUAAUAAUAAAAAAAAGGGAUGAAGAAAACCCAUUUUUUAUUUAUUUUCUUUUCUCUUCAACAUUAUUUAGGCUGUGUUCUUGCUCCAAAUCAAUUCACUCUUUUUCUCUUUCUCUUCCUUCCUUUUCUCUCUUUCUCUUUCUCUUCCUUCUCAUAUUUCCUCCCGGCUCAAAUUUCUUGCAUUUCUUGCCAUCAUCAUACAUCUGAUAAUCCUGAUAAUUUUGCACCACAUGCUUUACAACCCAAUUGAUACAUUGUCAAUAAAAAAAACAUCGUCAAC